AUGAUUUUUUAUUAUCAUGGAGCGGUCACAUUUUGCAGCAUCCAUGUUACUAUGUCAUCAACUGGACACCAGGAAAGUGAUUAUGAUGACCACACAACAACCACACCAUUUGGUUCAAGUACAAGCUCCAGUCGAUUACGUCGAUUAGAUAGGUUGGUCAUUGAUCAAUCAUCAUUACUUGACGAAGAUGAUCAAAUUGAAUACAUCAAUCAACUAAACAAUUACAACAUAAAGCAGUACCGCAAAUAUCUCAAAUUGAUCAUUUACUUCUACGUUGCUCAGAUUGUUGCUAUUAUGCUGUUCAGUUUCAACAAUAGUGACUUACAUGAUAAAUCAUUGCUAUUUCUCACAUUAAUAUCAGUAUUGCUCAACGUCAUAACCGUUCAAGAAAUCGAACAGAAAUAUCUGUACAAUGUAACGAUUCUUGAAAGAACUUUCAAUUUGGUACAAUCCAUUAGUAUGCUCAAUCUGCUAAUUUCAAUUGAAGUAAUUUAUGUUGAUUUGUUCAAGAUAAAAGUUUACUACUUUGCUGCUUUAAUCGUAUGCAAUUAUGCAUUACCAAGAAUGCAUCGGUCCAUGUUUAAUCAAAUUGGGGAAUCAGUGAAGGUGUUGGACAAGUUGAAGUAUAAAUAUAAGAAUGUAUAA